GUACCUUGACCAACAAAGCCAUGCAGCUGCACCGCGUGACGAAAUUGGCGGCGAGUCGUCCGAGCCGUCUCCUGCGUCGGCUCAAAACCACAUUAGCCACCGACACGAACCUCCAAGAGAAGGUUGUGACGCUAUGUCGGCAUCGGGGGUUUGUCUUUCCUGGUUCGGACAUCUACGGCGGCCUCGCCAACAGCUUUGACUACGGCCCGCUCGGGGUCCAGAUGAAGAAGAACAUCCAAGAUGCAUGGUGGAAGCACUUUGUGCAAUCUCGCACCGAUUGCGUUGGCUUGGACUCGUCGGUUAUCUUAAACUCCAAAGUUUGGGAAGCGUCAGGGCACAUUGGCAACUUUACAGACCCCAUGACCGUGUGCAAAAGCUGCAACAGCCGAUCUCGCGCUGACAAACUCAUCGAGAACAAGUCGGACGUGACGGGCAUUCCAGACGCGGGCGGCCUCACAUGCGAAGAAAUCGACGCGCUUCUCGCCCAGCACAAGAUUUCGUGUCCGACCUGUGGCAGCGACCAGCUGCAAAAGACUCGGCAGUUCAACCUCCUCUUCCGCACGAACAUGGGCUCCACCGACGACACCAGUGAAUGGGUGUACUUGCGCCCUGAGACGGCGCAAGGCGCGUACAUCAACUUCCAGCACGUUGUCACGACCAUGCGACGCCGUCUGCCGUUCGGCGUCGGCCAAAUGGGCAAAUCGUUCCGCAACGAGAUCUCUCCGGGCCACUUCUUGUUUCGCACCCGCGAGUUUGAGCAGCUGGAACUGCAGUACUUUUGCCAUCCCACAGACUCGGACACUUGGUUCUCGUACUGGGUCGACGAGUGCUUCAACUGGUUGGUGCAGCACGGAGUCAAGCCAUCGAACCUGAAGAAGCGCGUCCAUGACCAAGCGGAACUGGCCCAUUACGCCCGAGCCACGACCGACAUUGAGUUUCUGUAUCCGUUUGGGUGGAGUGAAUUGUGGGGCAUUGCUAACCGCACGGACUUUGACUUGAAGAAACACAUGGAAGCGUCAUCCAAGGACCUUCAAUACGUGGACCCGACGACGCGCGAGACGUUGUUGCCGCAUGUGGUCGAGCCAGCGUUGGGCACUGGGCGCGUGAUGCUGGCCAUGUUGCUCGAUGCAUAUGACGAAGAAGAAGUCAAUGGGCGACAACGCACGGUUCUGCGCCUUCACCCGGAUAUUGCGCCGUACAAGUUUGCAGUGCUGCCGCUGCAGAGCAAGGGGGUGUUGGCAGAAAAAGCCAACGAGAUCUAUGUCCAGUUGGCCAAGCUCGCCAGUUGCGAUUUUGACGUGACCCAGUCUAUCGGUAAGCGAUACCGUCGCCAGGACGAAAUCGGCACACCGUUCUGCGUGACAGUGGACUUCGACACGUUGGAGGAUGGCUCUGUGACUGUGAGGAACCGCGACAGCAUGGACCAAGUCCGCGUGCCUGUUGCUACCCUCCUCUCGGGGGGCUGGACGUGGCAACCAUAAAGCAAGCGAGCUAGUCCUAUCCUACAACAUUGUCAGAAGAUAUUCACAUUCAUCACCGAAAACUGUAGAAUGUCAUGCUUGAAAUAUCAAUUUGCGAUCAUAAUUAUGCGCUACAAGAAUGCUAUAUUCCAAAAUUG